GAAGCCGAAUACGACCGUCUCCGUGCCCUCGCCCGCACCGAAGGCGACAAACGCCGCACCUGCUCCGAACAAUCCCAAGCCGCCUAUAACUCCGGUGAUGGAGGACGUGCGCACGAACUCAGCGAACGCGCGAAACAGCAUGCGGAGAGAAUGGAGGGGUAUAACCGCCAAGCAGCCGAAUUCAUCUUCCGCGCGAACAACGCCGAUUCUGCAGCUGACGAGAUCGACCUUCACGGACUUUUUGUUGACGAAGCCAUCUUCUUCACGUCCCAACGCAUCCAAGCCGCUCGUGCACGUCAGGAUCGGGUACUACAUGUCAUCGUCGGGAAAGGAAUUCAUUCCCAGAAUCACAAGGCGAAGCUUAAGCCUGCGGUUGAGGAGAUGUUGGGGAAGAUAGGGUUGAGGUGGGAAGAGGAAGAGAAUGCGGGGAGGAUUAGGGUUCAUUUGGAUGGUGGGAAUGCUGGGGGGUAUGUGCAGCAGCCGCAACAGGCGUAUCAUCCUCAGCAGCAGCAGCAGCAGCAGCAGCAGCAGCAGCAGCAGCAGGGGUGGGGACAG